GCUAUGUUAUAAUAAACAUGACUCCUAACCUACGAUGCCAUAAGCUCUCUUUUAAAAGGGCUAUGUUAGCCGGUUAGAGCUUUGAAAGUUGCGUGUUUGAAUGCUAUAGUGUUCUCUGAACUUACACGAUAGUAUUUUGGGGAAGCAGGUAGAUUAACCCGCAUACAGUCAGUCAAGUUUUGUUCACUGUAAACUAAGAGGCCAUCUAUCAAGGAGCUUACCUAGCCGUUUGCCCGCAAGUGCAACGUUCAAGCCUUUUAUUCAACUUGUGGUUUCUGCGCUGGUCAGCUAUGACAAUAUCGAAGUCUAAAAUAGCGAUAGGACUUUUAGUCGUAGGGAUUUUUGCAGUUGUUUUUGGGACGGUUCUCGUGUUCGUGGGUCCGAUUAUUAUCGACGAUCAAAUAGUGAAGAAUGUAGAAAUCAAUCCCAAAAAUGAACUCUCCUAUACUAUGUGGAAGGACAUUCCGGUGCCAUUCUUCAUGUCCAUUUAUUUCUUCAACAUCCUCAACCCCGAUGAGAUACUGGCAGGAGAGAAGCCCAUGGUUGAGCAAAGAGGUCCAUAUGUGUACAGUGAGAAGCGAUGGAAGGACAAUAUCACAUUCCAUGACAACAAAACUGUGUCCUAUCAAGAAUAUCGGCAAUAUUUCUUUGAGGAGAGCAUGUCUGCAGGCAAUGAAUCUGAUGUGGUCACCAUUCCAAAUAUGUUGGUGCUGGGAGCAUCAGUGAUGAUGGAGAACAUGCCCUUUCCAGUGCGGUUGUUGAUAAGUGCUGCUUUCAAGACUUUUAAAGAAAGUGCCUUCCUGACUAAAACAGUUGGUGAGCUCAUGUGGGGCUACGACAGCAAGUUGGUGGACUUCCUCAACAGCUACUUCCCUGGCAUGCUGCCAGUCAAAGGGAAAUUUGGACUCUUCGCUGAGUUCAACAACUCCAACACUGGACUGUUUACUGUCUUUACUGGUCAAGAUGACAUCAGGAAAGUUCACAAAGUGGAUUCUUGGAAUGGCCUGAAGCAUGUGAACUACUGGAAUUCUGAGCAGUGCAACAUGAUCAAUGGAACAGCAGGUCAGAUGUGGCCUCCUUUUAUGACCACAGAAUCCACUUUGCCAUUUUACAGCCCAGAUGCCUGCAGGUCAAUGGAACUGAUUUACCAAAGGCCAGGGAUGAUUAAAGGAAUUCCUGUGUACCGUUUUGUGGCCCCAAAGACUCUGUUUGCCAACGGCUCAGAUUACCCUCCAAAUGAAGGUUUCUGCCCAUGCAGACAGUCGGGUCUUCUCAAUGUUAGCACCUGCAGGCACAAAUCUCCUGUGUUCAUCUCCCACCCUCACUUCUACAAUGCUGACCCUGCUCUGUUGGAGACAGUCAGUGGGCUUAACCCUAAUGAGGAGGACCAUGGGCUCUUCAUUGACAUACAUCCUGAGACUGGUGUGCCUAUGAAUGUCUCUAUCAAGCUGCAGUUGAAUCUGCUUAUGAAACGGGUCUCAGGAAUAACAGAAACUGGCAAAAUAGCUGAAGUGGUCAUGCCAAUGAUUUGGUUUGGAGAAAGUGGCUACAUUGAUGGUCCUGUACUCAACACAUUUCGUACAAACCUGGUGAUUUUACCCAUGGUAAUGGAGUAUAUGCAGUACAUUGUCAUUGGAUUUGGACUGGGGUGCAUCAUCGGAGCUGUGGCUUUAAUACUGAGCAAAAAGAUACAGAAGAAAAGGAACGCAUGUGGAGUCAUAGAAGACAAGGGGGAAAGCGUAAAAGACACAAAACACGACUCAAGUACCAAUGAGAGGCAGACCGAAAAAUAUAGCAUGAAAGAUACAGAUUAACAGUAACAGGACCAGCCAACCCUGCAGAGCUGUGGUCGCAAGCACUUUGGACAAUGAAAGAACUCCACUGCUACACAACUCCAAAGACUAGAGUAAUAUAUCUGUUCCCAUUGUACUGUAUUAUCUUGCUCCUUCAUCUCUAAGUGAAACCAUGGAAAACUUGUGGUUUCUGUAUUGUUUUUUUUUUCAUGAGGUACAAGAACUUUACCAAAUUGCAAAAAAUACUAGCACUUAAAACAGAAGCUCAGCUCAAAAUAUUUUGCCAAAAAUGUAGCCAACAAGUAAUUAACAUCACGCAUGCUUCUCUCUUCACGCUUUUGUGUAAAACCAUGUCUAGUUAUGUAAUCUCACAUGGACUUGCCUAUGUGCCUUCUGAUUCUAUGUGAAAUCUUGUUAUUUAUAAAAAUGGACCAAAAUAUAUUACAUAACUAAAAACAGUAGCAGUAGCUAUAUUGAAACCUGAGUUUUGUCUGUAUUUUUAUACUUUUAAAACACAGUUUGAGGCAAAUGUGUGUUUAGUCUAGUACUUUGCCUGAUGCUAAUUUAAAGAAAAAGGAAAAUUGUGGUAAACUACCACUGUAAGGUGAGACUUAGCUGUUUCAGAUUCCUUUAUUGAUCCCAGGGGGAAAUUGCAGUGGAGCUACUGUAACAGGCAGCAUGCACGUUCGCGCAUGCGCACUUCAGGUCCUUCGCCCAGGUCCUGGUGCAGUUGAUAUAUAUGAACUGUGUUUAAGGACCAUUUUAUGCAGGGGUUGUUGUGAAAUGCAUACUGGCUCUGAAGUGCUUAGAAGGGUGAGUACUGGUAGAAGUUCUUUCAAUAACAGGAGAUGCAUUAUUGUGUUUUCAUUUCUCUCUCCAUUACUUUAUUCUCGGGUCAGUUUGCCGAGUCUUGUUUACAAAAAGAUAAGUAACUAUAAAUCUUUACCAUAGAACUGUAAUUGUUAAUAUUCUUGGAAUACACUGUGCCUUAAUAUUAAUUGUAUUACAACAUUAUUGUAGUAUUGUGUUCAACAGUUGCUACCUGCGGCAUAAGCCAGAAGUAUUAAUCCACAGCCAGAAAGAAAAAUGGUCAUGUGAAAUGAACUUCAAAAUAUUCAGUGAACUGCACAGGUACUUGAAUGUACAGAAUAAGAAAUGUACAAUAUUAAAAUAUACUUGAUUUAUCAUGUCAAGUGUGCCUUUGUCUUUGGAGGGUUAUAGCUUAAAUAUGAAAAUAAACUUUUCUACUGAAA